AUUCUCGUUUCCGGUGUGAAGGCAGGCAGAAACAUAAGAAAGUGUACAUUUUCAUUUAUUUUCUGUCGUCAUUUUUAGCCACGGAAACGUGUUGCGUUUGAUGAAAUUAAUUUUAUUUUAUGUUCGUUCGUAGUCGAUCGUAAAACGUGUUCUAAUUAGUGUGCUCUGCUACAUAGGAUAGGAGGAUUCACUGGUUCGUCAUAGACAGUGGAAGGUGGUGCCGGCGUGUCGCCUGCAUUGUCCCUGGUGGCUUCAGUGAAGCGAGGAUCAACAUUCGUCGCGACCGGAGUCUCUCGUCCAUUGGGGCGUUACCGUUUUAUAUGACUUUAGCAAGAUAUACAGAGAAAUCAGUACAGUGCGAGGAGAGUGGGCGGUGUGUCUUGGCGAGGACAGCGGCCGGCUGCCGUCGAGGGUGCAUGACGCUUCACACACCGACACACACUGUCCGAAGAACAUCAAAAUUUUGCAGUAACAGGCACCGCAAACUGCUGCCGUUGCGGCCCACGUGACUGCCGCGCGCCGCGGCGCCCCGAGCCGCAUGCCGCCCCGAGCCGCGAACACACGCCACUAGAUAUACACCGCCCGAUCCAGCGUCAAAAAGGAACCAUCGCGAAACCGGAAUAAUUUAGUUAGAAUAUUAAUUUAGCAAGCUAUCAUCCAACAUGGGGUCUGUGAACGUGAACCGCAAUGUCGCGGACGCGUUCUACCGGUACAAGAUGCCGCGCAUCUGCGCCAAGGUUGAGGGCAAAGGGAAUGGGAUCAAGACCGUGAUCGUCAACAUGCCGGAGGUCGCCAAGGCGCUUGGCCGCCCUGCCACUUAUCCGACAAAAUACUUCGGGUGCGAGCUGGGUGCGCAAACCCAGUUCGACUUCAAGAACGAGCGCUUCAUCGUCAAUGGCUCGCACGACUCCGCCAAACUGCAGGACUUGCUCGAUGGUUUCAUCCGCAAGUUCGUGCUGUGCCCGGAGUGCGACAACCCGGAGACUGAGCUGAUCGUGUCGACGAAGCGCAACACCAUCUCUCAGGGCUGCAAGGCGUGCGGCUACCACGGCCAGCUGGACUUCAACCACAAGCUGAACACGUUCAUCUUGAAGAACCCGCCCGCCGCCGACCCUAGCAUGCAGGCACGUAUCGCCCCGCUCAAAGAAGGCUCGUCUCUGACGGAGGGCAACCGCGGCAAGCGUUCCAAGCGCUCCGGGCCCACCGCCGCCGCCAACGGGAACCACGACGGAGACGCCGACGCCAAGAACGAGAGCGAGCCAGCUACGCCGACCACUCCCGCGCCGAAGUCCAAAUCCAAGUCGGCGCACGACGAGGAUGACGACGACGGCAACUGGACCGUUGACGUGUCUGAGGCGGCCGUGCGUGCGCGCAUGCAAGACCUGACGGAGGGCGCUAAGUGCAUGACCCUGUCGGAGGACAGCGAGAAGAACGAGAAGCAGCGCAUGGACCUGUUCUACAUCUACUUGAAGGAGCGCGCCGGCAACCACGACGUGGAGGGCGCCAAGGCCGCCACCGACAUCUUGCACGAGGCCGAGCGGCUGGAAGUGAAGUCGAAGGCGCCGCUGCUGAUCUUCGAGGUGCUGGUGCGGCCGGGCUCGCUGGCGGCGGACGUGAAGAAGCACCGGCUGCUGCUGCUGCGCUUCACGCGCGGGGACUCGCGCGCGCAGCGGGCCGCGCUGCACGCGCUCACGGCGCUGUGCGCGCACCACCCCGCGCUGCUGCCCAAGGUGCCCGCCAUACUCAAGCUCCUGUACGACAUGGACAUCGUGGAAGAGAAGGCGAUAAUGGAGUGGGCGUCGAAGCCGUCAAAGAAGUACGCGUCCAAAGAAGUGACCAUGGAAGUGCGGCGACGCGCGCAGCCCUUCUUGGACUGGCUCACGGAGGCCGAGGAGGACUCCUCCGACAACGACGGCCACGACCAUGAGGACAUCGAGAUUGAGUAUGACGACCGCGCGGCCGCGACCCCGAUCAAGGCCGUGGUGGCGGCGCCGGCCGCGCGCCGCGACGACGACGACGCGGACGGCGACGUCGACAUCGACGCCAUAUAGGCGCCAGGUAGAGCCACGACGCAGCCCCACGCCCUGGAUGAUAGUAGUCUACUGGUUAUUGAAGGACGACAUGAAGGUACACUAAAAUUGAGGUAAACUGCCGUGAUGAAGAUGGAAAAAAAUUUAUAAACUUAAGUCUCAAAUCUCAAAAGGCAUAGUGUCCUAAUACGUCUCUUUCUCAAGCUGUCUAUCUUUCCCUUUCUAACAUAAGAAGCUCUUAUAAUAUACAUAACCCACUACUUACACAUAUCUCCCUUACCAAACAAUGAAUGUAUGGAGCAGGCUCCAUCACACUCCAUCUGGGAAUUGCUGUAUCAUAUUUUCCGUCUUCAUUUCGCCAUCUUAAUAUUACCUCGAUUUUACUCUAACUUCUUUAGUCUGCAAUAGCAAUGAUUCCUAAUAUUUAAAAUUUAACAAAACACCAGCUGUAAAGUUACCUUGUCACUGCUCAUUAGUAUAUUAACAUUGACAAAUGGGUUAACUGAAAUCUGGUGUAUUUAGACAAUCGUCAAAUAGUAGUAGUUUAAAAUUUCAUUCGAAAACUAAUUUGUAACAUUGAAAAUGUAAAAUAGACUGUAGAACUGGCUCUCUUGAUUUCCGCAUAAAUUGUUCACUUUUGAAAUAUGUAAUUCCGAAUAAAUGAUGUAAAGUUAUAAUCGAUAUUCCGGUUCGUCUCCGCCAAUAGCUUGAUGUUAGACUACAAUUACAUAACGCUGUGUAGGUUAUAUCAAACAAACCCUUCAAAAAUAUUAUUAGCAAGCGACUCCACUAGACGUAAAGAUUAUCCUAUUAUAAUGCACUAUUACAAAGCUUAAACUACGCUGGAUUGCAUUACGCUACGAUUUUUGUAUCCCAUCACGUUCCUAAAUAUUUUUUGUAUGUUUUAAAUCAUUUUUACUUUUUCCUAUAUUUAUUUUGCAAAGUCGCGGUUGCGCCAACUGAUUGCGACAUAUAUCCAAUGUUGAUAUGACAUCGGUGAUAGCAAUACAGAGAAUGUAAAGACUACGUGCUAUAAAGCAAUACGCAUUUGUAUGAAAUGUUUAAAAAUGAAAUAGAAAAUGGUUUAGUAUUUAAAAGUUGUAAAUCGGCAAUGGCGUACGGUGAGGAGUAACAUGAUAAGUAAAACGGAACCAAAUUGAUGUCACAAAAUUGUUGUGCCUCAUGGCACUAUGUAUAAAGCUAUAGAGAUAGCUUGAAAACAUUGUGCUUACUCGGAAGAAAAUGCACGAUCGAAGCUAAUAAAAAAUCAAUGAAUGCGUCUUCGAAAAAGCAUCGACUUUUGAAGAACGAAAUUAAUAAUUUCGUAAAAAUACGUCUUUGGCUAUAAGCGCAAUCAUUUCAAAUAGAUAACCGACCGUGGUGCUGUGACCGGGAUGUCAACAAACCAUAUCUUAUUAAGGUUCCGCACUUUUCAUUUACUCAGCGCGAUGCGUCGAAUGUUUUAUAUAUGUGUAUGUAAUUUAGGUUAGUUUAUUUGCGAUGGAGCCCCACGGUACGCGAGCAGUUGUAAUAUAUACCUGUAAGGACGUCAGCUAACUGAUGCGUACGAUCGGCUGCGACACACUGUCUCCUCUUAAUAUUUACUAUUAUAAUAUAGAAUAUUUUGAAAUUGCCACCUGACAAUUUUAUUAGAUUUGUUUUGUAUUCAAUACAUUUGGAUUCCGA